AUGACCACAAGUGCGUCCACACCGAGUGCUUCCACCGAAACGAUCAGAGCAGUAACUGCAACCACUAGUACCGCCACAAAAACUACUACUACAACUACAGAAAAAAUAAGUGCAAGCGUAUCAACCACAAGUGUCAUCACAGCAACCACCACUAGGAACGCUACUACAGAGAUGGCCACCACAAAAACUACAACUACAACUACAACUUCAAAAAAAAUGACUACAAGCGUAUCAACCACAAGUGCCAUCAGAACAGCCACCACUAGGAAAACUACUAGAAAAGUUACAACUACAACAUCGACGGCAACGGCAACGACAACGGCAAAACUAACAACUGUUAUAUGCGCACCUUCAUGCAAUUCACAGCAGACAUGUAUCCAAGGUUAUUGUUUGGAUAUAGGACAUCUGUUAUGCGCUUUGACAUGGUCUCCACCAAUUGAAGUAGAUUUAGUAGUUACAACUCCAACUGGCAAGACAAUGUACGAUAUUACUUCAACUGAUCUUUCAUAUUUUGAUGGGGGUUUAUUCGAAGGCUACGGUGUAGACUACAAAGAAUUGGAUACUGUUUAUUGGCCCAUUGAUGGUUCACUACCACCAUCCGGCACCUAUUAUGUUUGCUCUGCGAUAUAUUCAAACAGUUCAAUUACUAGCAGUAAAAAUCCGCUCAGGAUCACUUCUUAUAUUGUACGCCCCUCUGGUGCUGUUCUCACUAUGACACGAACAUUCGCUUUUCCUACAAACAGAACGUUUGUUUGUACGAAAAAUUCAAGUUACCUAAUCGGCUCAUUCAUUUAUCCGUAA